AUGAUGAAAAACACGCUGGUCCUUUGCCUUGCUAUGGCACUGUUCGUCAGUGUGACAGCGGCCCCAGCCAAAAAGAGGACAGUUUCACUAUCGAAAAGUAUUCAAAAGGACAUUCAAACGCUGACUGAAGAUCUGAAAAGAGCAUUGUCAUUGAGAAAGGACGAAGUCGGAGAGGAGGUUAACAAUGAGGACGGAGAUGUGAAAGAAGGCGAGGAGGAAGAAGCCGAGGAGGAAGGUGAAAAGGAAACCGAGGAGAAUGAGAAUGAAGGCGAGAAGGAGGAAAGCGAGGAGGAAGGAAAGGAGGAGGAAGGCGAUGAGGAAAGCGAUGAGGAAGGCGAUGAGGAAGCCGAGGAGGAGGAGAAAGAGGGCGAGAAGCAAGAAAGCGAAAGCGAGGAGGAUAGCGAUAAGGAAGAAGAAGAGGAAGAAGACGGCAAUGAAGAUGACGACGAGGAGGAAGACGAGGAGAAAGAAAGCGAGCAGGAAGGCGAGGAGGAAAGUGAGGAGGAAGGAAAGGGGGAGGAAGACGAGGAGGAAAGUGAGGAGGAAGGAAAGGAGGAAAACGAGGAGGAAGACGAGGAGGAAAGCGAGGAGGAAGAAAGCGAGGAGGAAGGCGAGGAGGAAGAAGGCGAUGAAGAGGAAGGCAAGGAGGAAGGUGAGAACGAAAAUGAGAAUGAGAAUGAAGGCAAGGAGGAAAGCGAGGAGGAAGGAAAGGAGGAGGAAGACGAGGAGGAAAGUGAGGAGGACGGAAAGGAGGAAAACGAGGAGGAAGACGAGGAGGAAAGCGAGGAGGAAGAAAGCGAGGAGGAAGGCGAGGAGGAAGAAGGCGAUGAAGAGGAAGGCAAGGAGGAAGGUGAGAACGAAAAUGAGAAUGAGAAUGAAGGCAAGGAGGAAAGCGAGGAGGAAGGAAAGGAGGAGGAAGACGAGGAGGAAAGUGAGGAGGAAGGAAAGGAGGAAAACGAGGAGGAAGACGAGGAGGAAAGCGAGGAGGAAGAAAGCGAGGAGGAAGGCGAGGAGGAAGAAGGCGAUGAAGAGGAAGGCAAGGAGGAAGGUGAGAACGAAAAUGAGAAUGAGAAUGAAGGCAAGGAGGAAAGCGAGGAGGAAGGAAAGGAGGAGGAAGAUGAGGAAGAAGGCGAUGAGGAAGAAACGAAGAGGCUGCUCAUCAGAAUUCUUAAACAGCUGGAGAAAAAGAAGUCCUUAUGAUGAAUCAGCCUCAUUGACGACGUCUACCCCGAAUCCUAGUUGAAUCUGAUGACCGCUUUGUCAACCAUAGAACGAUGACUCCUGUUAUCACACCGUCCAUAAUUAUAGCCGUAUAUAUCUGCGUCAUUAGCUGAUUGUUCAGAACAGCGCUUUCGCUUCUUACUUGAUUCUGACAAAAAUCAUAAGUACUACUUCUGAUAAAAUGAAUUUGAGAGAAAUUCGCUGCUGACGUAAUUCUGAGUCCAGUAGGAACUUGUGACCAUAAUGUUUUAAAGAAUUCUCAGUCGGUGAUAAAUAUCACAAUAUUCAAUUUAAAGUUAAGCAAGGCAUAUAUCGCCGCGGUAAAACAUACAGAAGGCUGCUGACUUAUGAAAAGCUUUGACGAAAGAGAAGAAAAUCCUUCUAAAUGAACUAGCAUCCAAUUGAAGGAAAGAAGCGGUCAAUCCCGACCUCGAGCAAAUUCUGGUGGUCGCAAAUCAGCAAUGACUCGCGAGUUAUCUCCCUUCCUAGAGUCAUACCUAUUCAUCAUAACUGUCUGCUAAAUACCAUUGCAGAAAUAUUAUAAAAGCAAGUGAAAAACACAAAA